CAGAGAGAGUUACAGUGAAAGAGAGAGUAUACUAAGAAAACGGAUGACAGAGACAGAGAAAGAGGAGAGAGAGAAGAGAGAGAGCUUCAUUUCAAAAAUCCUUUCUUCUUCUUCAUCCUUCCACAUCCAUGACUGUUAUCUUCCAUUGAUCAUCUUUUUCCCCUCGUGUUUUUCAAACCCAAAAUCCUUUUUUUUUUUCCUUUCUUCUUCUUCUUCUUAUUCCAAACCACUACUCUCAAUAACAUCAAACAAUCCCAAACUAGAAUGGAACCCUAAUUUUUAAAUUGAAAACAGUAAAAGUAUUUGAUUUAUUUUCGUUUGCUAAGCACGUGUAAAGUACCUGAUCAUUCUGUUAUUUGCUAAGCACGUGCAAAGCAUUUGAUUAUUCUGUUAUGCAUUUUUAGCAGACAAACUAACCAUGCAAGUAAAAAAAAAGUUUAGUAUAUAUAUUAACUUUGAUAAAAUUUGGGGUGUUUGGCUGCCAAUAUCCCAAAAAUAAAUAGAACCCUUCAAACUACAAGAGAGCAAAACGCACCGUCGUAUUCAGGGCUAGAAAGACCUGGAGAGCUCAAAAGGAGUGUAACACCCACAGAGCGAGAGAGAGAGAGAAAUAGUCGCCGCGUAAUGGCCGGAAAAGCUGGAGCAACUCCGACCACGUACUCUCCGUCUCCGUCAACCCUGAAAACCAAAUCACUUAUUUUCAAAGCCAACGACGUCGAUUGGGUCCGACCCGAUGGACGCGGCUUCCACCAGUGUAGACCUGCCUUUUUCAGGACUGGUGCUGUAAAUGCUGCUUCAGGAUCUGCUUAUGCAGAGUUUGGAAAUACCAAGGUCAUUGUGUCUGUAUUUGGGCCAAGAGAGAGCAAGAAGGCAAUGAUGUAUAGUGAUGUAGGACGCUUGAAUUGUAAUGUUAGCUAUACAACUUUUGCCACCCCAGUUCGUGGACAGGGAUCAGACCACAAAGAGUUUUCUUCCAUGCUUCAUAAAUCUUUGGAGGGUGCCAUCAUAUUGGAAAGUUUCCCCAAAACAACUGUGGAUGUCUUUGCAUUGGUCUUGGAAUCAGGGGGCAGUGAUCUUCCUGUUGUGAUAUCAUGCGCCAGUCUUGCCCUAGCAGAUGCAGGGAUAAUGAUGUAUGACCUUGUUGCUUCAGUAUCCGUGUCUUGUCUUGGAAGGAACCUAGUUAUUGAUCCAAUUUUGGAAGAGGAAAGCUGUCAAGAUGGAAGCUUAAUGAUAACCUCAAUGCCUUCUCGUUAUGAGGUCACUCAGCUAACUGUUACAGGGGAAUGGUCAACCCCAAAAAUUAAUGAGGGAGUGCAGCUAUGCCUAGAUGCUUGCUCGAAGCUUGCGAAGAUCAUGAGGUCAUGUUUGAAGGAAGCUGCUACUGCUUUGGAAGAAUAGGAUUGAAGUUUUGACUAAUAUUAUUAUACGUGUCAUAGAUUUAUCUCUUCAUUUUUUUUUUUUUUGCUCUCCCAUUUUCCCUGAAAACAAGCAACUUCACAGAUUUUUAAUUACUUUUUUUGGUGAAGUUGAGCCAGAUUUUGCUUGCUGUAUAUUAUCUAAAUUCAAUUUCUUUUUUUCUUUUUUUUUCUAAAUUCAAUUUUCGGAAUCUAGUUCCUUAGUCCAAUUAAAUUUGGGCAACAAAAUGCUGCAUCUGAAGGUGGAAUUAGAUUGGCAAUUGCCAUCUGUAAUUUUCUUGCUGGAUUUACAACUUGUAGUAGCUUAUGGUUUAUUUUAUUUCUCUAGGAAAAAAUCAUUACUGAAAUUGAAAGGGACUUACAGGGUUUCCUCUA